AUGCAAAUUUUUGUAAAAACCCUAACAGGGACAACCAUAACCCUAGACGUGGAACCAAAUAACACCAUACACGACCUAAAAUCAAAGAUCGAAAACCAUGAAGGAAUUCCAAUACCCGAACAACGCCUUCUUUUUGGUAACAAAGAAUUACAUGAAGAUGACAAUGAUGAAAGUGAAGAAGAAGGCAACACUUUAACGUAUUAUAACAUUAUGAAGGGCUCAACCCUACACCUUACGUCGAGGCUUGGUGGUGGUGCUGGCAUAUAUUGUUUCUCUUGGCAUUUAGUACCAAGAGAUUUAGCGGCUUUGGCCUACCGUAGUAAGCUUAAGAAGAAGGUGGAGUUUAAGGAGUCGAUUCUAGAAGAAAUCCGUCCUGCUUACGUUUCGGAGCUGUUUUUAACCAAUUUGACUGUGUGGAACCCUUCCAUGCUGAUGGAAAUCCCUGUGGGGCUUGCCUAUUCUUCCGAAAUGGAAGAUGUUUGUCUGGAAAAUCCUGCAUAA